AUGGAUCACCCACAACGUGAUCCUUUAUUCGUCGCCCAAGAAGCGAUAUGCUUCUACCCGAUAAGCACCAUCUACAACUCCUGUCCUCGAUACCUCUUCUACGCGCUCCUCUUGGCCAGCUGCGUGUCGAGAUGGACUGGUUGGCUUGCCGACGUCUUCCUCGGAACGGCAGCUACUUAUGCUGGGGUUGCGGCAAUCCAGGCGUUCAUCCUGGUCGCGGAUCCCUCUGAACCCCAGGACCCAGGACCGGUCACUAUCCCUCGCGUGUCGAACACCUCGAGCCUGUGGUCUGCUUUUCCUCAACUGGUGACGGACACAGACCAGGUCAUGAUCCAGCCUGGUGCUCUGGAACUAGAUUCGGAUGCUGUGUUGGCAAUCGUUGUCACGGGUUACCUGGUCUUUCUCCCUUUACAAUGCUGGUCGCGUAUCCUGUCUCAUCAGCGAGCCCGAAAUGUUCUUUUCUAUAUCUGGAACAUUCUCAUGCUGGCUGGCUCCAUCUGCGCCUUGGUCUACUCACCGAAACUGGAGAGAACUCCGGUUCAGUACAUGUUCUGCUAUCCGGACCUGCCACCGCUGGGCGAAACCUCAAGUGAUGGAUGGCAUGACUCCUGGCGGACUUCGACAUGGAAUACCAGUGUCUGGGACAUUUUCUCAAACAUCACGCUCUGGAGCCAGCUUGGCGAUACCUGCUUUAACCCAUGCAUGAAUUCCAGCCAAAUUCUACGCGAUCAGGAUUCAUUGGAUAUUUGGGUUGGAACGAACAGCUUUGAAGUCUCCAACCCACAUCGUUUCUGGAACAAGGUCAUCUAUUCAAAGCGGUACAUCUACAGUUUGAUCAUUCUCUGCGUCAUUCUCAACUGCCUGCUCCUCACGUUCAAGUUCUUGCCUUUUCGAUCCCGGAUCCCGUCUUCCCGGAUCGUUAUCAUCUGGAGGGAGAGGAAGAGCAUCUGGAAUAGCUUCAAAGAAGAGCUCCGUGAGGCGAGCCCCGAACAACAAGCGCCGGAUUCCCCCAAGAGAGAAGAAAGUGGUCAACCGCAGCAGAAGCGUUCAGCCUGGCAGCACAUCCGACGGCUCCUGACUGUUCGGUUCUGGAACGCAUUCCUACAUGUUGUAGUCGACAUGAUGAUUCUCUUCGGAAUCCUUUUCAGCAUGAUUGUUAGUCCGUUCACCGUGAUCGCGUUUGUUGCAUGGAUUGAAUGGUGCAUCUACAACGACGGUCCAUCGCAGGAGCAUCCGCAACAGGUUGGCCAGUGGGCUUAUCUGGUUUCUAUCGGGCUCCUUGUUAUUUCAGCUGGGAUUUUGACACUGAAAUACCGACUUGCCACUACAAAAGAGCUGGACAUUGAAAUCGAUAAAGUAAAGGAGCAUCUGGGAAAUUUGCAGAGAAGGAGAGAUGCGCUUUUGCAGCCGGAGACAGAUGUACCUAUGUUGUCGCAGCAUGAUAAUGUGGUGUAA